UACAAGCGUUGUAAAUUGAACAGACAAAAUCUAAUGUGUCCUCACAUAUUUUGAUGAAUAAGAGUUUGAAUAUUACUCCCCCUCACCACACGGAAUAAUUGUGGCUGAAGGUUUAAUGCACGAAAAGCAGACAAUCACAUGUGUAAGCAUACGGUUAUUAGUCGGCUAAAUUUUGAUUGGUUAUUACGGUUGCAUGCGACGCAAAGUUGACUUAUUCGUGUGGCUUGUAUUCUACAAUUGGUUAAGAACAUUUAUGAAAUUGUAUAUAUACAUGUUGGAAAUAACGACUACCUCAAGUUUAUUUCGUUAAAAUGAUGCCUAUUCAUCAUGAAGUUUCAAAUUACUUGUCCACCAAGAGCUUUGCAUAUGAGGAAUUAGUUACAUUAGAUGAUAAGAACAAUGAAGCAUAUAAUAUGACGUUACCAACUCAAAAUGUUAACAUUUCUAAAAAAUUAUCUAGUCGUCGAGGUAGACGUUCAACAAUACCUUUGGAAAUCCGUGAUGAAGUUCGUCGGUUGAAGAAACAAUAUACAGAACGACAUCGUCGUGCAUGUAUUGCAGACAAAAUGAAUGCAUUACACAAUUUGGCUAUGAAAUUAAUCGGAGAGGAUGUAAGUCCAAUAAAAUAUUCUAAAAUGGAGAAAAGUGAUAUCCUUGGAAUCUGUUAUACUGUAUUUGAAGGAAUCUCGAGAAUUUUGAAGGAAAGGCCAGAACUACUGUCCCGUUUGCAUAAAUUAACCUCAAGUUGUCUUGAGACGAAGGAUUCAAGAAACAGUCCACAGUCUACAGAUACAGUUAGCCUACAGUCCAACAGUCCAAUUUCAUCAACGAGAUCUGAUUACAAAGCUGAACGUCAAGAAAAUCAAUUGGUUUAUCCUCUUGCAACCAGUAUCAUUCCUUCACAGAUAAAAGAGUUUAACCAAAAUCCAUCCAAUACUUCAUAUGAACACCCAACUGAAAGUUCAGACUUUUGUACAAAGAUGGAUACAAAACUAAGAAGUCCCCUUAAGAUGAAUACUUCAGAGUCAUUUUCUUGCUCUAUUCAACCAAUUAAUAAGAAAGCUGAUUUUCUAUGUAAUAAAUCCUCCAAACCUCAUACCUUUCGAUUACCAUUAAAAUAUCGUUGGUCACAAAUGAAAAAUCAAAAUAUAUUCAAAGUUGAAGAUAAGAAUGAUUACAAUUCCACCAGUCAACAGAAUUUAUCGUGUAGAAUCAAUGAUCGAUUUAUUUUUGAACCCAAAUGCCCUAAAUUCAUUGAUGAUCAUGAUCUAGUUUCAAACCAAUGGAGUAGUGUUACUGAUGAUCAAAAAGAAAAUAUUCGACAGAUUAUUAGUGAACAAAAUGUUUGGCGACCAUAUUUAAGCUGA